GUCCUGCCUAUUCUGUCCCUGAGAUUCCUGCCAACUCAGCCACGGCCACUUCGGGAGACCCCAGAGCCUCAGCGUCCGGUGGCCCCACUCUAGGGAAUCCGUCCUCCGUGAGAGGUCUGCCCCAGGCUGGACAUGGCGCCAGACACCUGCUGCUGCUCUCGUGGGGCCCUGAAGAGGAGGCUGCCCAUUCUGGCCUGGCUGCCUGUCUACUCUCUGCAGUGGCUGAAGAUGGACUUCAUCGCUGGACUCUCCGUGGGACUCACGGUCAUCCCCCAGGCUCUGGCCUACGCAGAAGUGGCUGGACUCCCGCCCCAGUAUGGCCUCUACUCGGCCUUCAUGGGCUGCUUCGUGUAUUUGCUCUUGGGCACCUCCCGGGACGUGACUCUGGGCCCCACGGCUAUCAUGUCCCUCCUGGUGUCCUUCUACACAUUCCACGAGCCCGCCUAUGCCGUGCUGCUUGCCUUUCUAUCUGGGUGUAUCCAGCUGGCCAUGGGCUUCCUGCAUUUAGGGUUCCUACUGGACUUUAUCUCCUGUCCUGUCAUUAACGGCUUCACUUCUGCUGCCGCCAUCACCAUUGGCUUUGGACAGAUCAAGAACCUGCUGGGACUGAAGAACAUCCCCCGGCAGUUCUUCCUCCAGGUCUACCACACCUUCCUCCACAUCGGAGAGACCAGGGUGGGCGAUGCCGUCCUGGGGCUGGCCUGCAUGGUGCUGCUUCUGGUGCUGAAGCUGAUGCGGGCACGCGUGCCUCCUCCCCAUCCUGAGAUGCCCCUUGGCGUGAAGUUCAGCCGUGGACUGGUGUGGACUGUCACAACAGCUCGCAAUGCCUUGGUGGUCUCCUUUGCGGCCCUGAUUGCUUACUCCUUCGAGGUGACAGGACGCCAUCCUUUCGUUCUGACUGGAAAGAUAGAGGAGGGGCUCCCUCCUCUGCGGGCCCCACCCUUCUCAGUGACCACAGACAAUAAGACCAUCUCCUUCUCUGAGAUGGUGCAGGACAUGGGGGCCGGACUAGCUGUGGUACCUCUGGUGGGUCUCCUGGAGAGCAUCGCCGUGGCCAAAUCCUUUGCGUCUCAGAAUAACUACCGCAUCGACGCCAACCAGGAGCUGCUGGCCAUCGGCCUCUCCAAUAUGCUGGGCUCCCUCGUCUCCUCUUACCCUGUCACUGGCAGCUUUGGGCGGACAGCUGUGAAUGCCCAGACUGGAGUGUGUACCCCAGCAGGAGGCCUGGUGACUGGUGUGCUGGUGCUGCUGUCUCUGGACUUCUUGACCUCGCUCUUCUACUUCAUCCCCAAGUCUGCGCUGGCUGCUGUCAUCAUCAUGGCUGUGGCCCCGCUCUUUGAUGCCAAGAUCCUCAGGACGCUCUGGCGUGUUAAGAGACUCGAUCUGCUGCCACUCUGCGUGACCUUCCUGCUGUGCUUCUGGGAAGUUCAGUACGGCAUCCUGGCCGGGACCCUCGUGUCUCUGAUCAUUCUCCUGCACUCUGUGGCUAGGCCCAAGACCCAGGUAUCAGGAGGACACAUCCUGGUCCUGCAGCCAGCCAGUGGCCUGCAAUUCCCUGCAAUUGAUGCCCUGCGAGAGGCAUUAAUGAACCGGGCACUGGAAGCAUCCAUACCACGAUGCGCAGUCCUGGAGUGCACCCACGUCAGCAGCAUAGACUACACCGUGGUUGUGGGACUCGGGGAGCUCCUGGAGGACUUCCGGAAGCAGGGUGUCACCCUUGCCUUCGCUGGCCUGCAGGUACCUGUGCUUCGCACCCUGUUGGCCGCGGACCUGGCGGGGUUCCAGCACUUCAGCACUCUGGAGGAGGCCGAGAAAUACCUGCAGCAGGAAGCAGGGCCUCAGCCCUACAACAUCCACGAGGACUCUGCAGAGCAUAAGAUCUCCCUGCUGAAGUCUGAGUCGGACCCUGAAGGGUAGCUGGUAUAGGAAGAGUCUCUGGAAGGUGCAGUCACUGUUAUUUGAUGCUGAUAUCGCCUGGCAGACCCGCUGUACAAGUGGCUCUGAAGAACAGGGUGCCAGGCAGUGGUGGCACACGCCUUUAAUCCCAGCACUCAGGAGGCAGAGAUAGGUGGAUCUCUCUGAGUUCAAGGCCAGCCUGGUCUACAGAGCAAGUUCUAGGACAGGCUCGAAAGCUACACAGAAAAACCCUGUCUCGAGAAACCAAAAGAAAGAAAGAUGACAGACAGCAGGGAGCUGUGUGGGAUCCUCAGGUGUGACUUUCCUGCUGUUCCCUAGCUGUGAAAUUUGGGGGUUGGGGCUGAAGAGGGGCCAGGUGAGACAGGAGGACCAUGACUUCCGGCCUGGGGCGGCAGGAACAGGCUGGCGCCUUCCAGAUUGGAAUUCCUCUUUGGAAUCAGGCCCGUCAGAGAAGAGUCGGGAGAUCGGGCAUCUCAGAGAUGUGUCUGACCACGGUGGAGUCCAAGCUGAGCUGAAGAGGGGACCACAGCGCCCAGCACAGCCAAAUGAAGGCUGUAAAAUUAAAAUACAAGUGAUGUAUCAUCACUACGGUGCUUUAAAAAAAAAUUCUGCAGCCAGGUGGUGGUGGCACACACCUUUAAUUCCAGCACUUGG